UUUUUAAAGGCUGUUACAUCAAUCAGUAAUUUUAUUUUGUUUUCUCAAAAAUAAUAUUUUUGAAACAUAUUCUGAAAAACAUGAGGGAAGAGUUAUUCAAAAUUUUCAUGCAAACAACUGUUAUAUGAAAUCUGGACCAACUCUUGGAAAAAUUAUUAUGUGCGGAGUCUGGAUGUCGUCCAGAGACCAAUAAAAAAAAUGUGUCAUGUCACCCAAAAAGUGUAUCGCGCUCGGCACCGAAGCACGAUUCUCUCAUCCGGCCCGCACAAAAUAAUCUCUCCAACUCUUGACCCACCUGACUACUUAUAUAAUCUCGAUCAAUCAAGAUUUUCAGUAUAAUCUUUGUUGACCGAUAAUAUUGAUUGCAGGUUUCGGAGCUGCAGGAUGGAGAAGUUUUAAUUUUGAUUAACAACCAAGAAAUGAACCUCAAUCCAAUAAUGCAGAUAUUACUUUUUGGCAGGUUGGGCCUGAUUCAUGUGAACACCUAGAAGAAAAAAAAGAAGAGAAGGAAGAGCUCAUGAGCUGACUUUGUAAAAGAAAUUGAGCAAUUGAAUCAAAGAGGUAGAUGAAAGGUGAAAAGGAGCUCACUCACUACCCUAAGUCUCCCUAUAUAUAAACACUCACAUGUUUAUGAGACACCUGUAAGCAACAGAAAAAGAAAGGAAGAUGACAGCUGAAAGUAAAUAGGGGAAGGGAAGGAAGAACGGUGAAGGUUUGUGAUAGCUAGCCAGCCAUGGGAAGGUCUCCUUGCUGUGAUAAAACCGGCAUCAAGAAAGGUCCUUGGACUCCAGAAGAAGACAUCAUUCUUGUCUCUUAUGUACAGGAGCAUGGACCUGGGAACUGGAGAUUAGUCCCUACAAAUAGUGGAUUGAUGAGAUGUAGCAAGAGCUGCAGAUUGAGGUGGACUAAUUACCUUAGGCCUGGAAUUAAGCGUGGAAAUUUUAACUCUCAUGAAGAAGAAAUUAUAAUUCAGCUUCAGGCCUUGCUAGGAAACAGGUGGGCAGCAAUAGCUUCAUACCUUCCACAAAGAACAGAUAAUGAUAUCAAGAACUACUGGAACACCCACCUCAAGAAGAAGAUAAAAACGUUUCAAGCUGCAAGGAGCAACUACAUUACAUCAUCUGAUUCAGCAGGCUCUACAAUCCAAGAGAGAGUUCAUGGAGGCUACCCCAUCGAAGAAAUAAGGAAUUCAGGCACUUCUAAUUCUCAUAUCCUCGCUCAUAACUCCUCUACUUAUGCCUCAAGUGCAGAAAAUAUAUCCAGGCUCCUUGAAGGUUGGAUGAGAUCCUCUCCAAGUCAAACCCUCAGUGAUGAAAAAUUGCAACAUCAAAUGAUCAACAACUACGACAGCUUCAUUAUGAACCAAUUAAAUUUCAAUGUUGAGAUCAACUCGCAGCUGUUGCUGGAGGACUCUGUUAAUGGAGUGGAUAAAACAGCAUUGGACUCAGUUUUUGAGGAGAAAAAACAGUUCAAAAUGGUGGCAUCUGAUCUUAAUAAGCUGGAAUCGCAGAGCCAGCAGCCACCAAUGUUCAUGCUGGAGAAAUGGUUGCUUGAGGAGAACACCGGGCUGAUGGAUGCCUUCUUGGAGCUUUCUUCUGCCGAUUGCUGUUCUGAGCUUAUGUUCUAAAGGUAAGUGUCUUUCGUAUGCUUUCUACUAGCCAUGUGCAUGAAGGUCUUGAUUGAUCAUACUUCUAUGGAAGAAGAAACAUAGAAAAUGGGUUAUAUGAUGGAACUGUUUCAUGAAUCAUAUGCAAUCAAUAAAUAUGGUGGUCUUCUUCUGA